CACGUCGCCAGGGCAGCCAAGAUGGCGGCGGCCGAGGGGAGCGUCGCCGGGGCGCCGCUGUUUCCAGAUCUCACAGAUGUGUCAAUAUCUGAAGAUAUUCCAGUGGAAGGGGAGAUUACUGUUCCUGUGGGAUCUCACUCUCCUGAUGAAGAGUUCUCCACGCUGGAUGAGCCUGUUAGGGAUACCAUUAUGAGAGAUCUGAAGGCUGUUGGGAAGAAAUUUGUCCAUGUCAUGUAUCCCAAGAAGAGCAGUGCGCUCCUCAGAGACUGGGAUCUCUGGGGCCCUUUGGUGCUUUGUGUCUCACUUGCUCUGAUGCUGCAGGGAGGAUCAGCAGACAGUAAAGACGACGGAGGGCCGCAGUUCGCCGAGGUCUUUGUCAUCAUCUGGUUCGGUGCUGUAGUCAUCACACUAAACUCAAAGCUGCUUGGAGGCACAAUAUCCUUUUUUCAGAGCCUGUGCGUGCUGGGUUACUGCGUCAUGCCUCUGACAGUGGCCAUGCUGGUGUGCAGGCUGGUCCUGCUGGCAGGUUCUGGGACCAUCAGCUUCAUCAUCCGCCUCAUCGUAGUGCUGGCCAUGUUUGGCUGGUCGACACUGGCAUCAACAGCUUUCCUGGCAGACAGUCAGCCUCCCAACCGCAAAGCCCUGGUGGUCUACCCCAUCUUCCUCUUCUACUUCGUCAUCAGCUGGAUGAUCCUCACCUUUACACCUCAGUGAGCUCCCACCAGAAGAGACUGUGUGAUAACAGACUGGAGGUUUUUUUCAUGGACACUGCUGCAGCUGAUCCUUGGCUUUAUCUCUUUCUAAUUUAUACAUAGAGGUAUUGUAAAGCAAGGCAGGUUAUGGGAUAAAGCCAGAGAGCUGCACAAAUGGGUCCUUUGUCUGUCCCUCUUUUGGAAGGCUGCAGAGCUCCAGCUGCUGAGGGUUGUUUUUUUUUCUUUAGCUCUGCUCUUCAGUUGUGUUAAAUAAAAAAUGCCAGCUGUGACAGGGACCAUUCCCCUGAGGAACAGAGCAAGGCUUUGGGUAGGUGGAAGAGGAAGCCACAGGAUGGCAGGAGGUGGCAGAGUCCUUGCUGUGCCUGGAUUCUCACUGAGGAUGAAGAUGCCUUAUGAAAUAACAGAACUGCUGUUAGGUGUUGGGGAAGGAUGGAAAUGUGUUCAGCUCCAUUCCCUUCUAGAGCAGAGAAAUGUCCAUAAAGCACAGCACAGGGCUGUGAGCUCUCACCUUGAAACUGGAGCUGUGCUAAAACUUGGGCCUGUUUUACAGGUCAGCAGGAGCUGGGCAGAAGGGAGUUGCCUUUGCUUAUAGUCCUGUGUGUUUGUUUUGUCCCUUGAUGUGUUAAGAAAGAGUGUUGCAGCCAAAUGCCUUUGACACCCCAGUUCCACUGAUCCACCCAUUUGCUGAGCUGGAGUUUGUUUACACAUGGUAGUUACACAGCUUUUCAUGUGACCAUAGGUUAGAGAGGUAAAAGUCC